CGCGCACGCGUGGGAAAGUUGGCCUGGAACCGGCCCGACCAGUUCUGCCCGGGCGCGCGGACCGGCCGCAGGAAGUUGCUGCAAAACUUUUUUGGGGGGUGCAGCCGGUGCCCCCCGCGCGCCGGGCCCGGAUGCGUGCCGGGUAGGGUCCCCCCGGGCCGAGAGGGGUGCCCGGAGGGAAGAGCACGGAGGGGGCGCCCCGGCCCCGCUGCCCUGGGGCUAUGGCCAUGGUGACCGGCGGCUGGGGCGGCCCCGGCAGCGGCGGCGGCGGCGACACGAACGGUGUGGACAAGGCGGGCGGCUACCCGCGCGCGGCCGAGGAAGACUCGGCCUCACCCCCGGGCGCAGCCAGCGACGCUGAGCCCGGCGACGAAGAGCGGCCGGGGCUGCAGGUGGACUGCGUGGUGUGCGGGGACAAGUCGAGCGGCAAGCACUACGGCGUCUUCACCUGCGAGGGUUGCAAGAGCUUCUUCAAGCGGAGCAUCCGCCGCAACCUCAGCUACACCUGCCGGUCCAACCGUGACUGCCAGAUCGACCAGCAUCACCGGAACCAGUGCCAGUACUGCCGCCUGAAAAAGUGCUUCCGGGUGGGCAUGAGGAAGGAGGCGGUGCAGCGCGGCCGCAUCCCGCACUCGCUGCCCGGCGCUGUGGCCGCCUCCUCCGGCAGCCCCCCGGGCUCGGCGCUGGCGGCCGCGGGCGGAGACCUCUUCCCGGGGCAGCCGGUGUCGGAGCUGAUCGCGCAGCUGCUGCGCGCCGAGCCCUACCCCGCGGCAGCCGGGCGCUUCGGCGCGGGCGCGGCGGGCGCGUUCGGCGCAGGGGGCGGCGCGGCGGGCGCGGUGCUGGGCAUCGACAACGUGUGCGAGCUGGCGGCGCGGCUGCUCUUCAGCACCGUGGAGUGGGCGCGCCACGCGCCCUUCUUCCCCGAGCUGCCUGUGGCCGACCAGGUGGCGCUGCUGCGCCUCAGCUGGAGCGAGCUCUUCGUGCUGAACGCGGCGCAGGCGGCACUGCCCCUGCACACGGCGCCGCUCCUGGCCGCCGCCGGCCUGCACGCCGCGCCCAUGGCCGCCGAGCGUGCCGUGGCCUUCAUGGACCAGGUGCGCGCCUUCCAGGAGCAGGUGGACAAGCUGGGCCGCCUGCAGGUCGACUCGGCCGAGUACGGCUGCCUCAAGGCUAUCGCGCUCUUCACGCCUGAUGCCUGUGGCCUCUCCGACCCAGCGCACGUGGAAAGCCUGCAGGAGAAGGCGCAGGUGGCCCUCACAGAGUAUGUGCGGGCCCAGUACCCGUCCCAGCCCCAGCGCUUCGGGCGUCUGCUGCUGCGGCUCCCGGCCCUGCGCGCUGUCCCCGCCUCCCUCAUCUCCCAGCUGUUCUUCAUGCGCCUGGUGGGCAAGACGCCCAUCGAGACGCUGAUCCGAGACAUGCUGCUGUCAGGAAGUACCUUCAAUUGGCCCUACGGCUCUGGCCAGUGACAUUGCUGGGCCAGCCACACCAUGGCUGGGUCUGCACACCUCAAGGGACACGGAUGCUUUGGCCUCAUGCGGGGCCCCCAAGUGGAGGACCUUGGCUUCUCUCCUCAGACUCCUGUUUUUUAAAGACUGUGAAACGUUUGUCUCCUCUGUUUUUUAAAUGAUCACAAAACCAAAAAGAGAGUGCUUGUCCAGGCUCCAGCCUCGGCCUCCCCAGAACUCCUGGCCAGAAUAGAGGGCGAGGGACCGAGGGACCCAUUCCUGGGACAGCCUGACGCUCAGCACCCCAAGCAUGAACUUUUGGGGCCGGUAGGGUUGGGUUCCCUCAUGUGACGGCCUGGCGUCUGGACUAGAGGGGCCGGCAUAGUAAUGUGCCAGGCAGGUUGUCUGGACAUGUAAUCCACGUUGGACACUAUAUGAUGAAUGAAUCAAGGCCAAUAAUAAAGAUGUUUCCUACCUG